GCCGCGCUUCCAGCCUCUCCUCUCCUCGCCUCUCUCUCUCUCUCUCUCUCUCCCUCUCAGUCUACGGGCGAGGAAACAAAACAAGCCGCGGCUCCGUCCGGCGGGUCGGGAGGGAGAUCAAAGCGGCCGGGCGAAGGAGUCCCGAGGGAGCCGGCGACUUCCGAGGGCCGAAGAAGAAGAAGAGGAGGAGGAGGAAGAAGAGGAAGGGGCACGCGCGCCCACCCCCGCCUUCCUCGGAGGAGGAGGAGAGACCCCGACGGGCUGCAAAGGCGGCGGGGGCUCCGGCCGGAGACGCUUCACAAGCCUGGCCGUUGGAUAACCGGGCGCUAAGGGGCUCUGUCUUUUUUGGGGGUGGGGGGUGUGAAACAGGUAGAUUUGGCCUCGAUCUCCAAGAUCUCGGACCUCUCGGACUUCUUUUUUUCUUUUGCUUGGGUGUUUUCUUUUUUUUCUUCCUCCCCCCCCCGCCGAUCCGGGUUUUUGGAUCUCCCUGGAUCGCCGCCGAGGAUCUAACUAAGCCUCGCUUGAGGAGGAGGAGGAGGAGGAGGGGGGUUACCGGGAAGGAUCCCGGAGGAAAAGCCCCGCCGGGCGGCGAAUCGGACCCUCCUUCUCCGCUUCGGUUUUUGGCGACCACCCCACCCCCGGAGCAGAGGCGUCCGCCGGGUUUGGCAUGCCCGUUUUCCCCGGGCGGGCGGAUCGCGGGCUUCCCCGCCGCCGCCGCUGCUGCGUUUGGGGGUCUGCUGCUGCUCCCGCUCCCCCCUUUCCAUAACCUGGAAGCCCUCCGAGGAGGCGGCUUGGAGGAAGGGAAGGGGAGCCUGGGCCGGCGCAGCCUUCCCAGCCGAGCCUGGGCUUAAAGAGAGACCGGCGCAUGCUGCACUUCGCUUUGGGUCUCGCUCCAGCAGCAGCCGCCGCCGCGCCGUCGUCUCCUUCUCCGGAGCCCCCCGGUUCCCUCUUCCUCCCGACCAUUUCAGGCUCCUUCUCCUGGCUGCCUGGACUCGGGUCCCGACUCCUUCAUGACUUGCGGACGACAUGCCCGUUUUUUAGCCGGGGAACCUUCUUCUCGUCCCGCAUGUUCAGGACCAAACGAUCGGUGCUCGUCCGAAGACUCUGGCGGAGCCGGGCGCCCGGCGGGGAGGAAAACGCCGGCGAGGUCGCCGAAGGCGCUGCGGACGGACGGCCUCAUGGGGCCGGCGGCGGCGGAGGAGGAGGAGGCGGGAGCCGGAUUUGCUGCCUGGGCAAGCCGGCGGGGAAAGCGGCCAAGGCGCACGGCGGAUCGGAGGCUGAACUGAAAGCCCUGGCCCACUUGGUGCUGAAGCGGCUGAAGGAGAAGCACCUGGAGGUCCUGCUCCAAGCCGUCGAAUCCCGUGGGGGCACCCGGACCUCGUGCCUCCUGCUGCCCACCAAGGUGGACUCCAAACUGGGCCAGCAUUGGUACUCUCUCCCGCUGCUCCUCUGCAAAAUCUUCCGAUGGCCCGAUCUCCGGCCUGGCUCGGAAGUCAAGCGGCUUUGUGGCUGUGAAUCUUACGGGAAAACUCACCUGGACUUAGCCUGCUGCAACCCUUAUCACCUGAGCAGACUCUGCGAGCUAGAGUCUCCCCCUCCUCCUUACUCCAGAUACCCAAUGGAUUUUUUCAAACCAACAGCGAGUUGUCCAGAGCCUGUGCCUUCUUCCACCGAAACGAGGGGAACUAAUUUUCUGGCCCCUGAGGGGCUCGCAGAUUCUCAAGUUCUACAGGAACCCAGGGAUCUAUCAUACUGGUGCGUGGUGGCCUAUUGGGAAGAGAAGACACGGGUGGGGCGCCUGUAUUCGGUCCAAGAACCUUCCCUGGAUAUCUUUUACGAUCUACCUCAGGGGAACGGCUUCUGUCUCGGACAGCUCAAUUCGGACAAUAAGAACCAUCUGGUGCAGAAGGUCCGUGCCAAGAUCGGUUAUGGCAUCCAGUUGAGCAAGGAAGUGGACGGCGUAUGGCUUUACAACCGCAGCAGUUACCCGAUUUUUAUCAAGUCGGCCACACUGGACAACCCGGAUUCCAGGACGUUGUUGGUUCACAAAGUGUUUCCGGGCUUUUCCAUCAAAGCGUUUGAUUACGAGAAAGCCUACAGCUUGCAGAGGCCCAACGACCACGAAUUCAUGCAGCAACCUUGGACGGGUUUCACGGUGCAGAUCAGCUUCGUGAAAGGUUGGGGCCAGUGCUACACCAGACAGUUCAUCAGCAGUUGUCCGUGCUGGCUGGAGAUUAUUUUUAAUAACCGAUGACUCGAGACGACUCGACUCGACUCAACCGCAGGCCUUCCUGAGCGCAGCAUCUUGAAAGGACGGGUGGACUUCAACUCCCACAGUUUCCCAGCCAGCAGAGGGAAUUCUGGGAAUUGAAGUUCACCCUUCUUCCAGGGUGUCCAAGUUUGGGAAUCGCUGCUCAACCAGUGACAUUUUAUAAUGACUUUGCUGCUAAAACGUUUCCUUUUGAGUGCUUGCUAUGGUGUGCAAACGUUUUUUGUUUGUUCGUUCUGUUUUGAGAAAUAGCUUAUGGGAAGAUUUCUCCGUCUUUCUUUCUUUCUUUCUUUCUUUCUUUCUUUCUUUCUUUCUUUCUUUCUUUCUUUUUCCCUCCUUUUCUCUGUCUUUUUAUUUUGGGGUGGGCGCGCGAUGUGGAGAUAACUUUUUUAAAAAUGUGGAUGAUGACCAACAACCCAGAAGGAGAGGAGAAGAAGGUUGGGAAAGGUUUCAGUCGGACGUGUCUACCGAGAGGGGCUCAUUCUGAUUUCUUUUCAAAUUGUGAUUCAAACACAACUUGAAUGGAUUCAAUCCCAAUUUACAGGCUUUUCAGGUUACCAUCUUCACUGUACCUUUCAGGCUGCGUUAUCUUUCUCACCUCCCUUUGUGAGGCUCACACACACGCUUCUCUCCAAAGGAAUCCUGUGUUUCCUCCAAAUAAAUACACCACCUUCUUUGCACACUUGGGGGUGUUCUGCUGAUUUCAGCAGACUUCUAUCAAUCCACACUUAGAAAUGCCAUAAUACACCAAGAUCUGGUUUCCUUCAGUGACCAUCGAUGGGAGGGAAAGUCUGGAGUUUAAUCUGGCUUGCAAGAGGUAGGACAAAUUCCUGCAAGCAGUUACAAUUAGUCCUUGACAUACAACUAUUCAUUCGGUGACCAGUUGCACCGGCACUGGGGUUAAAAAUGUGAUGUAUGUCUAUUGUUUCCACACUUAACAACCAUUGCAGCAUCCCCAGAUUUAUGUGAUCAAAACUUGGACGCUUGUUAUUUAUGACGGUUGCCAUGUCCUGGGGUUGUAUGAUCCUCUUUUGCAACUUUCUGACAAGCAUAGUUAAUGGGGAAAUCCAGAUUCGCUUAACGACCAUGUUACUAACUUAACAGUACAGUGAUUCACUUAGCAAUGGUGGCAAGAAAUAUUGUCAAAUGGGCCCAAACUCAUUUAAAACUGCUUAACGACCAAAAUUUGGGGCUGAAUUGUGGUGGCAAGUCAAGAGCGACCUGUAUUUCAUUCUAGAAUCAAGUGAAUGGUUCUGGAUCCACUCCUGCUUGACGAGAGAUGCCUUCCUUCUGACAACUUCAAACCCAAGGACCCCGUCCAUCUUGCUGCAGGGCGCUCCCAUCUGUUGCAAGAGAGACAUGCAGGGCGUGAGAUGAGUGGUUUAA